AGUUCGAUUCUCGGAGCGCCCCAUUUUUUUAUUGCUCCUACAAGGCUGUUGGGCUUUCUUUUCUGGAUCAUUCUACUCUUCUUGGUUCACCAUCUGUUUCUAUGUCAAACGGUUACACUGUAACCUGUGGAAACUGAAGCAACUUUCAACUUGGAAACUCUCUUCGUCUAAAAGUCUACACCAAAGUGAAAAGCUUCAACAAACAUCUAGACCAGGAUAAAUGAAAUCUCCUUGAUUUCUUUUAGAGCAUGUUUGAUUCGAGCAAACUAAUUAAUUUGGUGUUCUACAGCAAUUUGCUGAAACUAUUUGGUUUAAAUCCAACAGUUUAUGCUCCCAAAUUUUGAGCUCUUCUCUGUCAUCUGAAUUCUUCUUGCAUUAUUUUAUAGUUUUUUUUUAGAUUUGCUGUUAAUUGGAUUCUCCUUUCAGGAUAAAGAGAGUGUUCGUAAUCUUGUGAAGCUUAUUGACAAGAGCAGUGGAUACAUAUUUGCUGGUAUAGAUGCCAGUGGAAUUCACCAAGAUUGUAGUAUGACAAGUUGUUGGGAUUCUUACAAAUAUCCUUUUAUCUAGUGUAUGUAUGCUCUUAUUCAUGUGGCUUCCGAGAAUCUACCAAACAUGCACUGUCAUAUAUCUUAGACCUAGAAACUAUGCUAUCAAUUCUUAUUAACAAUUCAGUUUGUCACAUUUCAAGUUGUGAAAUCUCACGGCUAUGUCAUUCUCUGGACGUUUUUGGUCCUGAGAUAAAUUCAAGCUCUACCAAAGUUGUUAAUGUAUCAAUUUAAUGAUGGUUUCGUAUGCUUCUCUUAAAAAAUCAGUUCACAGCUGCAGCAGUGCAAGAGAAGUACAUGAAGGAUGAUGAAGGUGAUGAUUGACAGUGCUUUUUGGUGAGACAAUGGUGUGCCUAAUUGCCUAAGCUCUUGUAGUCUUCACCUACAAACAAAAAGUGAGAUAGAAUGAUCAAGAGGAUAUACUGAACGCGGAGAGCUGGUUUUCUUAUGCAAUAAACAUGUUUCAGCCUUUUAUCUGUGGCGCUUUCAAUCAUCAAGAAGAAGAUGAUCAUGAGCUUUGGAGCAGCCCUAAUUCUACACCAAGAAAAUCAAGAAGAAACAGCUUUUGUAAGAGACAAAACAAGGAUAACAAGAACCCUUACUCGAAUCUUGGCCUUGACAAGUUUUCUGCACUCUUAGCUGAACUUGAAGAGAAGAAGCAAAAGAUUUACUCACAAACAGGUUCACAAGAUAUAUCAUUCGUUCGUUUUGUGUACAAGAACUCGACAGAUUGUGUCCCAAUCGUGGUAAAGCUCAAAGACGAAAACGAAGAAGAGAAAAAGAAACCUGUUGAUACCAAAGAUCAUCAGCCUGGAAUGAAUACCGAUUCAGAAGUCUUGGAUAAGCACCCAAUCGAAACCUUAAAUGAAGGGAAAGAAGUAAUCAAGAAGAUAUCAAGAUUGCAAGCAGUUAGUGAAAAGACUGAGAAGAAGAAGAAGAGCUUUUCAUGGAAUAUGAAGUUGCAUAAAUGGAGGCGUCCUUCUUAUUAUUUACCAGCAUUUCUAUUCUUGAUUUUGUUGUUGUUGGUUUUUUUCGGAAGAUCAGUUUCAAUAUUGCUUACUUGUAUUGGAUGGUAUAUAGUUCCUACAAUAAAAGGCAAGAGUUCUGACAAGGUAAGAAGAUCAGUGAAGAAGAAAGAUUAUGUCAGAAAACUGAGUGAAAACCAAUCCGGAACUGUCCGAGACAAGUCAUCCCCGGUACGUGAUCAUCAUCGGAAAAGCUGAUCAAGAAGAUUAUCUGAUCAUCUUUUUUAAUUCUUGUGUUAAUAAAUGUAUUUUUUGUUGUUAUUGUUGUUGUGUUUAGGGAUAGAUUGAGGAAUUCAUUCACUUUGUCAUGUUAAACAGUGUAAAUACUUGUCUGUAAGUUGAAUUAGAAUAGAAAGAAUUCCAAUUCAGGUUGCUUUAUAUGACAUUUUCUUGGUCAUGAAACGUGAUUAUGGGAAUUCCAAAUGUUGAUUUUGAAUAUUCCACA